CGGGGAAGCCGCCCAUUGGCUGGCCAGCGCCACGUGGCCGCCCCCGCCGGUAUAUUAGGCCACUAUUUACCUCCGGCUGGCUCGCCAUGGCUCGGCGAGGGCAGCUCGGGUAGAGCGGGCAGGCGGAGCGGCGCAGACGGCGGCGGUCCUGCCCAGCCCCGGCCAGGUUCUGCACCCCGGCCCUGGCCUGCGCGCUCCGUAGGGCGGGCUGGAAGCAUGAGCUCCUACCUGGAGUACGUGUCGUGCGGCGGCAGCGGCGGUGGGGUCAGCAGCGAAGUGCUCAGCUUCGCACCCAAGUUCUGCCGCGCCGACGCCCGACCCGUGGCCCUGCAGCCCGCAUUCCCCCUGGGCAGCGGCGACGGCGCCUUCGUCAGCUGUCUGCCCCUGGCCGCCGCCCGCCCCGCGCCUGCGCCCCCGGCCGCCCCCGCGCAGCCCCCCGCGCCGCCCGCGGCCGCGCCCAGGUACUCGCCCUGCACCCUGGAGGGUGCCUACGAGCCGGGCGCCGCACCUGCCGCGGCGGCGGCGGGGGGCGCUGACUUCGGCUUCCUGGGGUCCGGCCCCGCGUACGACUUCUCGGGCGCGCUCGGGCGGGCGGCCGACGACGGGCACGUCCACUACGCCACUUCGGCCGUCUUCUCCGGCGGCGGCUCCUUCCUCCUCAGCGGCCAGGUGGAUUACGCGGCCUUCGGCGAGCCUGGCCCCUUCCCGGCGUGCCUCAAAGAGCCAGCCGACGGCCACCCCGGGGCCUUUCAGACCGCGUCCCCCGCCCCUGGCGCCUAUCCCAAGUCCGUCUCUCCCGCCUCUGGCUUCCCCGCCGCCUUCAGCACGUUUGAGUGGAUGAAAGUGAAGAGGAACGCCCCUAAGAAAAGCAAAUUCGCCGACUAUGGAGCCGCCAGCCCUUCCAGCGCGAUCCGCACGAAUUUCAGCACCAAGCAACUGACAGAACUGGAAAAAGAAUUUCAUUUCAAUAAGUACUUAACUCGAGCCCGACGCAUCGAGAUCGCCAACUGCUUGCAGCUGAAUGACACCCAAGUCAAAAUCUGGUUUCAGAACCGCAGGAUGAAACAGAAGAAAAGGGAACGAGAAGGGCUUCUGGCCACAGCCGCCUCUGUGGCCUCCCUCCAACUUCCCCUCUCUGGAACAAGCCCCACUAAGUCUGGCAAGAACCCGGGGAGCCCUUCUCAGGCCCAAGAGCCUUCCUGAGGUCCAGUACUGAGGCUGAGAAACCUUGGCCUGAAGAAGGCACAGGCCACCCCACCCCUGUCUAGACUUAGGAGCUCAGUUUAAAACCCAGGUGGGCGAGGGCAGAAAUUAGUAGGGAUUUCACUUGGGAAAUGAAGUAUCUUAGUUGGCUUCUGAGUUCUAGGCUGUAUGUACAGAUACUCAUUUGCUGUCUUGCAAGCCACUUGUUUGGGUAUAUUUUGUGUCCUAUCAGGGAAAAGGUGCCCAGCUGCCAGCCCAGCUCUGCUGCUAUGUUGCCUAACUUAGUCAUAUGCAAUUCUUGGGUACAGAGUGGCAGACCAUUAGUUCCUGAGUUCUGCCAACCUCUGAUGUGCUCAGAAGAGCACCUGCCCAGUUUUUCUGGUUUUAAUUUAAAGGACAAGGCUACGUGUAUUCAGCUUCUUGAGAUGACCAAAGCUAGUUAGGGUCUCCUUGAUGUGGCUAAGCUGCUUCAAUGAUGAUCUUCACAUUUGCACUGCAGUUUUGUUUUUGUUUGUUCUUUCAAAAGCAGUUUCUACCUCUCCAUGUGCCUGAGUGAAGAUACAAUCGCUGUUUGUAGUUACUAGCUGAACAAAUCCACAGGGUGGGUAAAGAUUAGAACCUGAACUACACCUUGACAUCAGUUAUUCAAACUUGAAUGUAAAUAUAUACAGUAUGUAUAUAUUUUAAAAGGUUUGCUUGCAAUCAGCUUAUAUACGACAUUUAAUGUCAUAGCAUGUAAAAGAUUUUAACUUUUUUGUAAUAAAAAUCACAGAAUAUGC